UUGUUGUCGUCUGACUGGACAGUGGACACACUCAGUCACAGGAUGGCCGCCGUGUCGCCGCCAACGCCUCAGACCUUCAUCACCCUCCUCUUCGUCCUGUCAGGCGGACACUUCUUGUCUGUUACCUCUUUUAAAGUCACAGAGGGCGGCGUGGCCUCCCUGUCCUGUCAGUACUCGGUGAAGCGUUUCGGCCUGAGUCGGGUCUGCUGGGGUCGCGGCUGUGGGACGUUCUGGUGCAGCAACAUCCUGGUGCAGACGGACGAGAACGGCGUCAUCUCCAAGGUGUCCGACCGCUACCGGCUGACGGGGGACGUCCUGGACGGACAGAUGGACCUGGACAUCCUGAACGUGAGGCGGACGGACAGCGGGCCGUACUGCUGCAGGGUCGACAUCGACGGCAUCUUCAACGACAAGAAGGUGAUCAUGAACCUGAGGGUGGUCAAAGCUCCGGCCACCAGUCCUCCUCGUACGACAACGAGUGCAACGGCACCAACAGACCAAGCCACGGAGCCACCGGCCUCCACAGUGAACUGGAAAACCCUGUUGUCGUCUCAGCUGGAGCUCCUGAGGAAGAACUCCACCCUGCUACGCUCCGACGCCGUUGCUGUGGAGGACUCUCUACCGUCGCUCUCCCUGCAGAUCAACGUUCCCAUCCUCUCUCUCUCUGUCAGUGUGUUGAUGAUCCUGGCUGCAGUUUUCCUCUUUUUGGCCUUUAAACGUGGAGUUUACAGACGAGCCUUAAAGAGCGGAUGCUUCUCCUCUGAAGAACCUCCUCACAUCAUCUACGAGAUCCGCAUGAGGAGACCCGUCCAGGAGAACAUCUACACUCUGGACUAGAGAUCCUGCAGCCGGACCACAGAGACACAGCAUUUAGAAAGGGAAUAAGCUGAGGGAGCGCUACACUCCCUAAUUGAUGUGCUGCUGCCUGCAUGUGCUGUUUACAACGCUGAUAUUUGUUUAAGUUUAUUAUUAAAAAAUUAUUGAAAUCA